AUGAUUGGAAACUAAAAUUCUUAAUUGUUAUUGUUAAAAGAAGAAAUGAAAGGAAAUAUCAAUCUACUUACAUAAUGCAAAAAAUCUGAAAUCUUGGAAUUUAAUCAUUAUUAUGUUGGUUUGCAGUAUCUAUUUUGUUUGGUUCAUAAACUCAAAAUUCUUAUAAUUGAUAAGACUUAUACAUAUGAGAACAUGAGUUUGUUAUAGAGUCAAUAUUUGAAUGUUCAUUAUGGUAAUUAAUAAAUUUAAACAUUAUAUGAUGAAUACUAUUAUUCAGAAAAGAAGGCACUUUCAAUUUAUGAAGAAAUGAAAUAAAAGAUAAUUGAAAAAUAUUCUGAAUAAAAUACUCCAAUAUUAAAUAUUACAAAUGAAAUUAAAGGUCUUCAAUGUUAAUAUCAAUUUAAUUUAUUUAAUAUUAACAUCAAAGAUUAACAUAAACUAGAUUAUAGUAAUAUGGAAUAGGAUUUAUCAAAUAAUGUUCUUUUUAUGAAGGCUAUGUAAGAAUGUUAUUCAAAUUAUGAUAAUGUGCUUGACUCAUUUAUAGCCAUUCAAACAUAACAACUUAUUAUAAAAACUUAGUUACAUGAAAUAAUAAUUAUAUAAUAUUGGUUAUUGAAGACUUAAAUUUAUGAAUCAAAAGAAAAAGAUAAUAAAAAUGAUACAGAAUUAGUUAUUUCUAAAUACAAGAAUUUGAAUUACUUUUUAAUUGUAAAUUAAUAAAAAUAUAAAAUUGAAGUUAAUUAAUAAAAAUUAGAACUUUUUAUUUUCUUGUUAAAUAAUAAUUAGUUUGAAGAAUUUAUAGAAUAAAAAAUGUAAACUGCAAAUUAUUUUGAACCCUUAAAUUUAGAAUAUUAGCAUUUAGAUGAUUCAAUAUUGAAAGUUUAAUAUUAUUAAUUUAAAGAUUGUACUUUCAGAAUAGUUUAAAAACUAAAUGAUGAAUUUAAUUAAUUAAUUUAUUCAAUAGAAAUUUUGGGAAUAGAAAAUAAGUUUUAUUCAGUAAUUGACACUGAAAAUAUUCAAUAACUUGAAUUGAGAUUAAAAGGGUUUCCUUAAUAAGAUUUAUCAAUAAUAUUUAAAGAACCUGAUCUUAUUUAUAAAUACUUUAUGAAAAAGAUCUAUCAUAAUAUAAACCCUGAGAGUGAUCCUUAUAUUCUUAGUAAUAAAAUUAAAGUAGGAUCUAUAAUUCUUUCAGAUAGAUCAAUUUAUUAACAUGCAGCACUCUAUUUGGGUUGUGAUUUAGUUUUUCAUUACACUAAUGAGUAAUUCGAUAAUAUAAACUAAACUAGAAAUGGACACUUUUUCAAACCAGAGAGAUUUGUUGUAUUUAUGAAAGGUACAUCAGUCUUAACAGAAUUAUAAUUGAUAUUUUUAUUAAGAGAUAAAUAAGAAUUAUUAGAAAAAGCUUUAAAGAAGUCAAAUGAAAAAAUAUAAUUUGAUUUAACAAACUAUAAUUGUGAACAUAUGGUAUUUGAAAUAUUAACAAAUUUCAAAUAUUCAUCUUAAAUUGAUUCAAAUAUUUUUAAGAAUGUUGGUGCAAAUGUAGCAAAAUAUUUUGGAUUUUUAGGUUCAUCUUAAUCAUUCUAAUCAAAUUGA